GAUAAAAUAAACCCAAAAAUAGAAGUGAACUUCAAGACAAAACUAUAAACACAAAGUAUGGGCAAAGACGAGUAGCAGAGCAAAAAUGGCGGGUAUUGAGAAGAAGCAGCUUCUAACAGAGCUACAUGAAUCUGGCAUUUGUAAAAUCCCUAAUUCACUCACAUUCUUCAUUGAUCCUGUUCGAAUACUCAAUCGUAACUACACCCAAUUUAGGGUUUCCCCUUCUUCCUAUUACUCUCGCUUCUUUACUUCCAAUUUCACCAUUGAUGAACUACCAAAUCAAGAACACAAAUCAGAAAAUGGAGAUAAUUUUAGGGUUUCUGCAAGUUGUGGAAAGAGAAAACGAAAUCAAAAGAAGAAGAAAAUUCAGCAAUGUUAUCCUCUUAAUGAGAAGGAAUUACUAGCCGAUCAACGACACCAGGAAAUUAGGCCUUUAUUAGUAAAAGCACAUGAAGAAUUGCUUAGAGCUAAGGAGCUGUUAGAUGUAAUUUGCGAGCUUAAUUGUGAAAUUGAGGGUUGGGAACGUUGUGUUGAUUUGAAUUCUGGUGGAAUUAAUGAAGAAGAAGAAGUUUCGUUUAUUGAGCUUGGAAAAGUUUGGCAAGCUCCCUUGUAUGAAAUUGCUCUUGAUUAUACUCAAGCUAACACACAGGUCCAAAUAAAUGGAGGUUCCCUUGAUACUCAGCAUGUUAAUCAAAGGUUACUCCCAUUAUUCAAUAACUUAGUCUCAAAUGAGACAAACUAUGACAUGGUGGCAGAAUUUCAGACAAGUCAAUACAUUUUACCAAAAGAUAGCUGCUUCUACAUGUCUGAACUGGAGCAGAUUCACACCUUAGUUCCCGCUAAUUCAGAAUGUGGGUUUAAUUUUAUAAUGGUUGAUCCACCAUGGGAAAACAGGAGUGCAUAUCAAAAGUCAAAGUACCCUACUUUGCCAAACCGGCACUUUUUGUCACUUCCGAUUAAGCAACUUACCUAUACAAGUGGAGCACUUGUAGCUUUAUGGGUGACAAACAGGGAGAAAUUGCGGAAGUUUGUUGAAAAUGAACUGUUUCCUGCAUGGGGAGUCAGCUAUGCAGCUACAUUAUAUUGGUUAAAAGUAAAAGCUGAUGGAUCUUUGAUUUGUGACCUAGACCUCUUUCAUCACCGGCCUUAUGAAUGCCUUCUACUUGGAUACACUGGAAAACCUAAUGUAAUGCAGGUAACAGAUUCUGAGCUAACAGCCACAGGAAAGUCUUUAAAAGAUCAAGUAGUGAUGACCAUUCCAGGGGACUACUCAAGAAAACCCCCGGUAGGAGAUUUGCUCCUGGAGUAUGUGCCAGGACCCAGACCUGCUCGUUGCAUCGAGCUGUUUGCCAGAGAAAUGAUGGCUGGAUGGACAUCUUGGGGAAAUGAACCUCUGCACUUUCAAGACAGGAGAUUUUUUUCAAGGAAUAUAACUGAAAACACUAAUUAAAGAGAAUUUUAAACUGCUGUACUGUAUUAUGUUGCCUAAAUAUAUUCAAAGACUAUACAGCUUCUGACACAGAUUGAGGUGAGGAAUCUGAGGAUCAAUUGUUCUGAAAGGCUCUUCAGCAGCCAAGGAAACGCAAACUAUGCAGCACCCCAGGACAAGGAAUGACAGAUAUCUCGACAAAAAAUGGACAAGAUGAAAGCCAUCUGUUAACUAUUGCGUAUCAGAUGCAUAGCUAUGUUGUUUCAAAAAAAAAAAAAUGUUGUUGCCAGAGUUAUGCUUUCACAUUAUAAAAUUUCUAUGGUUCAUACUCCCUACUCAAUUCAGAACCAGGAGUUGAGCUCUUUGUCAGUUACAUAUUCAUCAUUUAUGAUAUCAAUCAGUCCGUACUUUGAUAUUUUAUUGUA